AUGGCUGGCGGACCCAAGAAAUGUUUGCCUUUGAUUGGAUUCAGCUUUAUCUGUCUUAAAAUGGUUGCUUCAGCAAACACAGCUCCCGAAAUACCCACUAUAGAUCAGGCAUAUUCAAAAAUCAGCAACAGCAUCACUGUGGAAUGGGCCACAGUGCCAGGGGCCACCAGUUAUCUCCUCACGGCUGAAGAUGGAGACACUGUCAUUGAAACCAUGGUGACCAAUUCCCCAGGCACUGUGACAGGGCUGAAGGCUGCGACCUUGUACCAAAUCACCAUCAGAUCCAUCAGUGCGACUGGGAGAAGCCAAGCAUCGCUUCCGAAGCAGGCAAAGACAGUGUUGGCUGCACCAAUUCUAGAAGUAAGCUCUCCAAGCCCAGACUCUAUUCUUGUGCAGUGGGAAGCUGUAUAUAUGGCAAUUGGAUUCUCUGUGUCCAUUAUGCGAGUCAAUGGUUUGGGUAGAGUAUGGAAAGAGAAUACCACAAACACCUCCUUGACGUUCACCAGGUUGGAUGCUGGGACUCUCUACACCAUAAAGGCCUAUGCGUGGAACGCCAAUGGUACCCCUGGGGACGACUCCACCUGUAAUCAGAGAACAAGUCCUCGUGCCCCAGCCAACGUUCAAGUCUCUUUUGACAGUGGGGCUCUGAAGGCUUCUGUUUCGUGGGUCCCCACGGAAGGAGUUUUCAACUAUACUGUGAUGGCUUCAAGUGAGUCUUCGGAGCUGAGCUGUAGCACGACUCGCAGUGCGUGUACCAUCUCCUCCCUGCAGUGUGGGACUGAGUACCUGAUUUCAGUUUUAGCAAGUAACGAUGCGGGGUCUAGCAAGUCAACCUCUCCGGAGGCCCUAAAAACUGUUGCUUGUGCACCUGAAAGAGUGACCAUCCAAGAAGAUCCUCCAGGCCACCUGUCUGUGGCUUGGUCCAAUGUAGAUCUGGGUGAUUACUAUGUGGCCUUUGUGAAGAGUGAUGAUGGCUUGGAAGUCCACUGCAACACAUCCCUCACCCAGUGCAGUUUCUUAUCUGAAUGUGGCUUCACUUACUUUAUUAGUGUUUUUGCCUAUAACAAGGCAGGGCAGAGUCCUCUGGGCGAUGUGUUCAAUUAUACCACAGCCCCCUGUUGUCCUAGCGACAUUAACCUUGUGUUAGUGUCCAGUGACAGAGUAGAGAUUGUCUGGUCUCCUGUCCGUGGUGCCGAACUUUAUGAGACCAAGGCUGUCGAUGGGUUCCACGUGGUCGAGUGCAACGACACCGCUCCUGCUUGCACCCUCUCUGCUCUAGACUGUGACACCAAGUACAACAUCACGGUGUAUUCCUUCAGCGAAGUCCGGGGCAGCAAUACGUCGUGUACUUCCCGAGUUGUAACCACAGCUCCUUGCAGUCCCGAAAUAAAAAACGUUUCGAAGGAUGCAUCCUCCAUGAUUCACGUGCACUGGCGAUCCACUAAUGACGCUGCCACUUACACGGUGACCGCCCAGGGGGAGGAAGGGCUGUAUCGGUGCAGCAGCACCGGAGAGUCCUGCGCCAUGGGCGGCUUGCCCUGCGGGUCCGUGUUCUCCGUCACCGCGGUGGCUGAAACACAGGCAGGGAGGAGCCUGCCCAGCUUCAGCGUGCCCCUGGAAACAGUGCCGUGCUGUCCUGCUGGUCUGACACUAACUCAGGUCACCCAAUCAGUAAUCAACGUGAGCUGGACUGUUGGGACCAGGGCCCAAACCUAUGUGACAGUUCUGGAGUCACACAGCGGACAGUCGAAGUGUCUCACCCACCAAAGCCAGUGUCUCCUGGGAUGUAUCACAUGCGGCAUCAAUUACACAGUGGCAUUAAAAGCGAUUAGUGCCACUGGGUUGACAGCAGACUGCGCCUACCAAAGUUAUUCCUCUAGUGCCUGCUGCCCUUUGGGAGUGAAAUUAUAUAGGCUGGGCCCUAACGGCAUCCGAAUCUACUGGCAGGCUGCCAGGGGCUCUACCAAUUACAGCACCGACCUCUACGGUUCUAAAGGCGUUUUCACAUGUGCCCCAAGCGCUGGCCUCAGUUUUUGUGAUGUCACCGAGAUACCCUGUGGAGAUGUGUAUACUGUGAUGGUCUCACCAGUUGCUGAGACAGGACUGAAGCUGACUUUCUGUCCAAAAAAAAUAUAUUCAGUAACCUGCUCUGGGAGUACACUUGGAAUGGUGAUUUACCGAGGGAAAAGAAAUGCAGAAUGACACACUGAGCCACAGACAAAAGCAGAGGCUGGACCUAAGUGGACUCAGUUGUUGGUGUGAUUAGAGGUGGAAAAGCUCUACU